AAGCGUCACGGGCGGGACUCUGCUGCGGAGCCCCGGGCUUUGAACAUGUCGCGGCUGAAGGGGAUAGCGGGGCGGGAUACCCGAGCGGGUUUCCGCACUGAGAGCAGAGACUGCAGUGCCUGCGUACCCCAGGGACUCUUAAAGGCGGCGAGGAAGAGCGGCCAGUUAAAUCUGUCGGGCCGCAACCUCAGCGAAGUGCCUCAGUGUGUUUGGAGAAUAAAUGUGGAUAUCCCUGAGGAAGCUAAUCAGAAUCUUUCAUUCAAUGCCUCUGAGCGAUGGUGGGAGCAGACGGAUUUGACCAAACUAAUCAUAUCAAAUAAUAAACUUCAGUCACUUACUGAUGACCUCCGACUCCUUCCUGCACUGACUGUUCUUGAUAUACAUGAUAAUCAGCUGACAUCCCUUCCUUCUGCUAUAAGAGAGUUAGAAAAUCUUCAGAAACUUAAUGUCAGCCAUAACAAGCUGAAAAUACUCCCUGAAGAAAUUACAAAUCUAAGAAAUCUGAAGGGCCUGUAUCUCCAGCAUAAUGAACUCGCUUGCAUACCAGAGGGGUUUGAACAACUUUCCAACUUAGAAGAUUUAGAUCUUUCAAAUAAUCGUCUUACAACUGUUCCUGCUAGUUUUUCUUUUCUAUCCAGCCUGGUGCGUCUCAAUCUUUCCAGUAAUCAACUGAAGAGUUUGCCAGCACAGCUAAGUGGAAUGAAAAGAUUAAAGCAUUUGGAUUGUAAUUCAAAUCUCUUGGAAACUAUUCCUCCUGAAUUGGCCAGCAUGGAAUCACUAGAAUUGCUAUAUUUGCGAAGGAAUAAAUUACGUUUUCUACCAGAAUUUCCUUCUUGUAAGCUAUUAAAGGAAUUACAUGUAGGAGAAAACCAGAUUGAAAUGUUAGGGGCAGAACAUCUUAAGCAUCUGAAUUCUAUCCUUGUGCUAGACCUGCGGGAUAACAAGUUAAAAUCUGUUCCAGAUGAAAUUACACUCCUGCAGUCUUUGGAAAGACUUGACCUAAGCAACAAUGAUAUUAGUAGUCUGCCCUGUUCAUUGGGAAGACUUCAUUUGAAAUUCCUGGCACUUGAAGGAAAUCCUUUGAGAACCAUUCGAAGAGAAAUUAUAAAUAAAGGAACCCAAGAAGUCUUAAAAUACCUACGAAGCAAGAUUAAAGAUGAUGGACCUAGCCAAAAUGAUUCUGUUACUGAGACUGCCAUGACACUGCCAAGUGAAUCUAGAGUCAAUGUGCAUGCCAUCAUCACAUUAAAAAUGUUAGACUAUAGUGAUAAACAGACAGCUUUGAUUCCUGAUGAAGUGUUUGAUGCGGUAAAAAGUAACAUUAUCACUUCGAUUAACUUCAGUAAGAAUCAGCUAUGUGAAAUUCCCAAAAGGAUUGUGGAACUGAAGGAAACGGUUUCUGACGUCAAUCUCAGUUUUAAUAAGCUUUCCUUUAUAUCCUUGGAAUUAUGUACACUUCAAAAAUUGACUUUUUUAGAUCUCAGGAAUAAUUUUUUAAAUUCUUUGCCUGAAGAAAUGGAAUCAUUGACAAGGCUACAAACAAUCAACCUUUCCUUUAAUAGGUUCAAAAUACUACCUGAAGUUCUGUAUCGAAUUCCCACACUUGAAACAAUCUUGAUUAGUAAUAAUCAGGUUGGAUCUUUAGACCCUCAGAAAAUGAAGACAAUGGAAAAUCUGAUCACAUUGGACCUUCAAAAUAAUGACCUCUUACAGAUUCCACCAGAGCUCGGUAACUGUGUGAACUUAAGGACAUUGCUACUAGAUGGUAAUCCAUUCCGCGUUCCUCGAGCAGCCAUAUUAAUGAAAGGAACAGCUGCUAUUUUGGAAUAUUUGAGAGACCGAAUUCCUACUUAAAUUGCAGUCAUUAUAUAAUCUUGGUCAUGUUAAUUCUUAGACUUCUUAAAUUGCUAAUUAACAUUUUUCUAAGGUAUUGUCUUCAUUUAUGAUGGUGUAACCAUGUAUUGUGUUCAUACAUUUGUUCUAAAUAUUUUGCAUAAGAUUUAUGGAAGAAAAAAUUAAGUCAUUCCCACAUAGCAAACAAUUUCUUCAAAAGUAAAUUUUUAUUUAUUAUAGUUAAAUAUUUUUAUAAUGACAAAGCAUUUUUGUAGAGAUGGAUUUUUUUUCCCAUUUCUACUUGUGUUACGUAUAUUAUGACUGACUUGAAUAUGAUCAUCCAAUUUCUAUCUUUUCUUUAAACUUUUUUUAAAAUUUCUAUCUUUUAAUUAACUAUACAAUUGAAUUGAAUUUUAUUUAAUAUUGUUCUUUGGCAUUUAAAAAAAAUAAGUCUUUUCAUUAUCCACGAUAAGACUUUUGUGUUAUGGUUGGUAUCAGUAUAAGUUUCAAAUUAAUAUUUAUUGUCUUGUUUUGUUUUAAUGUAGUUGAAAUGUUUUUUCCUAGUCUUUUUACAUGUUUCAUGAAAUCAUUUUACCAGCAUUUCUAAUGUCACAGAAAUGGUACACAAGAUGUAGUUACUGGUGGAGAAAAUAGUAGUUGUUGUUUUAAUUGCUCUCACAAUUUUGAAUUUAAAACUUUAUUGGACUUUUUUUUCUAAGAUGCUUUAGUACUAAGUUUCCAUACAACAACCUAGUAUUUCUAGAUUCAGCAUAUUUAAAGAAAUUAGAUCUGCAUAUUUUCCCUCAGAAUGUGAGCAUUUAAACAAUACCUUUUGUUCUUUAAAAAAAAAUACUGAAAUUUUGUUAAUUUUAUAGAUAACAGCAACAGAAAAUAAGAGCAUAUACCGCAUAGAAAUCUUGAAAUGUAUUUUAUUUAAAUACUAAGCAGGUAUUUGUAUAUAUAAUUACUCUGUUGAUGUGUUCUGAUCCUUCCUUUUGCAUUUUUUUUUUAAUUUCCAAGGUCUUAAUUUUUAAAUUUGCUAGUAAUGUUAAUAAGACUAAAUUUGUAGUCAUGUGGUAAUUUUCUAAAAAGUAAUUUGUUAUAGGUGAACCAGAUUUAAUAAAAAUUAAAUAUAAACAUUUGUAUUUACACCAAAAAUAUCAGAAGUAGGCUAGUCAGUCAUUAUAAAAUGUACUAUGUGAUUCUAUUAAGUAACCAAUUGAUAGACAGUAUUAACUAGUUUAUAUAAAUAGAUGGGUGGACAGGUAGGUAAGUAGGUAAUAGAUGGAUGGAUAGAUAGCUUUUGGGUGAUUGAGACAUACUCAUAUUAUGAAAAAAAUCGUAGCUAAUAAAGAUAAAUACUACAUGUUCAUUAAAAAGUUACAUUUUUCAAAUAUUGAUUACAAUGUUUAUGUUUUUGGUUUAAAAGAAACAUUCCCUUUUCAUACAACAACUCUUGCUGCCUAAGAAAUCAGCUUCCAUAUUAAACAAAAGACACUUUACAAUAAGGUGACAUUUUAUUAUUUAUACAAUAAAGAGACUUUUAUGUUAUUCAAAACACUUUUUUAAAUACUGAAAAAGUUGAGUACAUCAAAGCCGAAAAAUGGCUUUGCUAUACACUGCACAGCAUUAUUAUAGUCCCUGUAUUUUGUAUCUGUACAGAAAGCAUCUUCAAAAUGCAGUCUAAUCACAUUGUACACCUUUACUGUUUAGUGUCAAUACAUAAAAUAAAACUGGAGAAUACAGCUUGCAUUUGCGAAUUAACUGACAAAGUAACUUCAUUGAUUCAGUAAAUUUAAAAUAUAGAUCCAUAGGAGUUCUUUGCACAUAAAAUGAAGCAGCUUUCAAGGUUGUCAUGGUCUCAUACAGCAAAAAAACCCAUUAACUACAUUCACAAUCUAUGUUAAUAAAGUAGUAAAUAUGUCUUCAUUCAGUUUUUAUUUACAUCAAUAUGUAGUUCAACUAAAAAGUACUGUUGUGAUACAGUAGUUUUUUUUUAACACAUACAAAAAUGACAAGUUUUAUAUAUAAUUUAAGCUCAAAAUCACAAUUAUCUCAAAAUAUUAAUUACAACACAGCCAUUUCAAUUAAACAUGUCAUGAUUUAACUUUUUAUAAAAUGGUAAAAUUUUUUAUUAAAGUAAGCAAUUUGUUUCGAAUUGGCUAGAGUUCACCAUGUAGAAAACCUUAAAUGGAAAGAGGUGUUUCCAGCCCCUCCCACCCAAAUUUGUAUACAGCCACCUAAGCUAGCAAAGAGACAGAAAAGGCCCCAAUUUAUAAAGAUUAAGCCUCUUUUGCUAUACUGCUGUGGCUUAUUGUUUCUUCCAUAAAAGCUUUACAAGGGGAGUGUCAAUAAACUAUGCAGUGAAAUGCAUGCAUUAAUAUACAAUAUGUCUAUGUAAAAUGUUAGCAUUUAGUACACAUUAAAAUAUUCACAAAGACUGCAAAAGAAGUCAUAAAUAAAGAAGCACUUCUACGAUCUACCAGUUGCAAAUUGUAAACUUGAAACGUAUUUAAUAAUAUGAUGGAAUUUCUUUGAACACAGAUCCCAAUUCAAGUUCUUUCUCUGGCUAAAGGAGCGUUAGUUACUUGGCCUUAAGAUGUCACUCUUGUGCUGCACAUAUGGUAGAGAAGUCAGAUGUCAAAAAAGAGCAUGAGUCUAGAGACUGUCUUCAUUUUAUUAAAACCGUGGCCCAGUGUUGCAUCUCUGCUUAGGAUUUAGUUUUUAAACUUACAGAAGAGUGAAAUAUUUCACUAACUGAAUUAUAUGACCUCAAAUGAAAAGUGGAAAAUGGGUGUGUGUGCAUGUGUUUAGCAUAUGGAAAAAUAUUAAAUAGGUGGAACUAGAACUUCAUUAUGCAAUAAUAAAAGGAUUAUGCCCCAAAAUAACUGAGGUCAAAAGAAGUCAACUAUAAACUAUUUUAGGAAUGAAGAGAAUUUUCAUGGAUACUUAAAAAUCCUAAAAACAUAGUAUCUACUAUCCUUUUAAUUCUUAACAAGCCAAUUAAAAUUUUAUCGUCUUUGUUUAGAAUUGCUGUUGUUAAUUUUAAGAUUUCUUCCCUGAACAGAAAGACUGUAGUUCAUAUUAUACUUUAUUUUUAUACAACUGGGUGGGGGCGUGCCCUUAGGUGGUUAUAAAGUGGGAAAAAUAAAACUACAGUAUCUGUAAAUCUUA